CCUCAACCUCCCGGCCAGCCCCCCAUCCGCGGUGUUGACCAUCGCGAGAUCACUGUGCGGGCGGAGAUCUGCAGGUACAGUUGCAAUCGCCUUGAUACAGGGAACGAAGCACAUUCGCUGCCCUGUGAUUGACGGAGCUCCAUCCGGCGCGGCGUUUGAGAACUGAAUAGCAACCCCACCCGAUUUUCCAUCGCAGAGUCCAGACAAAGCGCUUCCCCAGGCAAUGAGGUUCAUCACACUGCAUUGAGAGAGACCUUGCUCAAAAUCCCAUACCCAAUUGACCGGUAAUUCAACUCGUGUGAGCUUCGUUUGUCCCCGAGAGAACUAGAGAUACAUUGGUGCAGUUGCGAUACAACACUGUGUGUCAUUGCCAGGGAAUAUUUCAACUGUAACUCUCGCUUCUACCCCGCCGUCACAUAGAUAAACAGUCUUGCGCCCAGUUCCUGGCCACCAACCUACAACAACAAAGAGAAGACCCCAAGAAACUAAAUCACAAAAUUAGUUGAUUCCCAAUACUAGAGAAGACACCUAUUGGACAACCACGGCUCUUUCUCUCCAACAAUUCAUCCAAAUCACCAACAAUGGCUGCUUCAACUGUUGCCGGGGAGCUGGGGCUCUCCAUCACGGGCUUGGGAGUCCAGUAUCCUCCAUACAGCCUUGGUCCAGACGCUAUCGACAUUCUCAGCAAGAGAUACCACCCAGAGUCCCCAGCCAUGAAGAAGGUCCUCGCCAUCAACCGAUACACGGGCAUUGAUCAGCGCUCCUCGAUAGGAAACCCUGACCACCCGCUCGUGAACAAGCCCAACCCACCUACCGUCAAAGAACUUCAUGAGGUCUUCAUGUCCGAUGGUGUCCCUCUUGCUGUAGAAGCCUCGCGAAAGGCUAUGGCCGAAGCGCGGCUAGUACCGGCUCAGAUCACACACAUGGUCUCGACGACAUGCACCGACUCGGCCAACCCGGGCUACGACCAUUACGUCGCAAAAGAGCUCGGUCUCAGUGACCGCCUGGAGAAGGUCCUCCUCCACGGCAUCGGCUGCAGUGGUGGUCUCGCCGCCCUUCGCACAGCGGCGAAUCUCUGUCUGGGCCACACAGCGCGCGGCAAGCCAGCCCGGAUUCUGGUCCUCGCGCUCGAAGUCUCCACGACCAUGGUCCGCAGCGAGCUAGAAAGCAUCGACGCUUUGCAAGAAACGCGCAUUGGCAUCGCCUUGUUCAGCGACUGCGCUAGCGCCGUGAUCCUGUCCAACGGCAUCGGCGAGGCACCGGGCAAGCCCGCGAUCUACGACCUCUUGGGUUGGGAAAACCGCGUGAUCCCGGACUCCGAACACGACCUCGGCUUCGACGUCGACCCAAUGGGGUGGAAAGUCGUCUUGUCGCCCCGAGUCCCAGUACUAGCCAAAGCCUCCCUCCAACCAACCUACGCCGACCUCCUAUCCUCUCUCCAAGACCAACUCCCUUCGUCGUACCAGAAACCUGCCGAUUUCGACUGGGCAAUGCACCCCGGCGGCGCCACCAUCCUGUCCGGCGCCGAAAGCGCCAUGGGUUUGACACCAGAGCACAUGCGCGCCUCCUACGACAGGUACAUCAACCACGGCAACUCGAGCUCCGCAACCAUCUUCAGCGUUCUCAACCGGCUCAGGGAAAAGGACAUGGAUGCACUGGCGCCCGGCGGCAAAGUAAAGGAGUAUGUCGUCGGUUGCGCGUUCGGACCGGGGAUCAACGUCGAGAUGUGUAUGUUGAAGCGGAGAAUGAACGCGCCAGCAAGGACGACGACGGGUUUGGACACACCGCCGGAGACGGAUGAUAGCGAGGGGCCGGGGCCGGGGUCGAGUGCGGGGAGUGACGAUGGGGAGUCGAUAGAAGGGGGCGAGAAGGAGGAGAAGUUUAUUAAUGAGGCGUUGGACAAUGUUGAACUGGAUUGAGAUGGAUGGAUCACACGAAAAAGGAGGGCGGGGGAUGUGAACGGUUUUCGUUUGUAGCAAGCUUAGGCUAUGUCAGUAAGCAGGCGGGUGUUUACCAAGGAGUCUUGAUGUAGUUCUUUCUUCUUCUUCUUCGAUACCUUGAUGGUAUUAAAGAGGUUAUGGUCGGUCAAUCGGUCGGUCGGUCGGUCGGUCGGGCUAGCCCUUUCACUUUUUUUUAUUCGUAGAAAAACCAUUUUUCUCAUCCAACCUUCUUUGUCUUAUUCUUGUAUUUCGAUUUUUUUUUGAUUUUUUUUUACCAACCAAAAGAAAAAUGUAAGAAGGAAAAGAAGAAGAAAAAGGGGAGUUCAAGAAAGGAUUUCCAAAAACUGAAUCGUGGUGUCGGUGGUUAUGUCAGACGUGCGACGAAAUGUUAU